UCUCUGAUUUUCAAGAUGAAGAAAGCACUGCGGUUUACGUUAUUGUUUGCUUUUCUCAUUCAAAUAAAUGGAUUGUCUAUAUUCACGGACAGCAACAGUUCAUCUUUACUGGACAUCAGUGACCCGGACUCCAAAAAUACAGACGUCUUCCGACAGUUACUGAACCAAGAAACGAUCAUCAGAAUGUCACUGGUGAAGAACGUUCACGCCUUAAUGAAGGACAUGCUGGAUCUAAAGAAAAGUAUGGAGACAUUGGAAACAUCCCAACAGAAAACAGACGUAGACGUGGCCACCUUAAAACAGAAGGUUGAUAAACUGAAAAGAGACAACCAAAUACUUGAGCUUGAAAACAGGCGAUAUGAAGAAACUUUCAGAGCUGUUACAGAAAAUUUCACCAAAGUCGACGAAUACAUUCAACAGGUUUUGGAAAAGUUGGAGGAGAAAAGAGAACGUUUUGAGACAAAUACUAGUGUAGUACUUGCAGAUCUUAAAAUGGAAGUUAGGUACCUGUCAGUGACUCUUCUGGAUUUGAAUAAACACACUUUGGAAAUUGACAAGAAAUUUCCAGAAAUGAUGCAGGAAAAAUAUGAACAGUUAUCUUUGAGAUUGAACACCUCUGUGGAGAACCUGGGGAAUGAUAUAAUGACAACAAAUAAAACAAUGUUAAAAUCAGUGUCAGACCUCGAAAACUCACAAAAUAUUAUGCAAAAUUCUAUAUCUGUUAACAUCAGUAAAACAUUAGAGGAAAUAAUGGCGGAAGUAAAACAAUCUAAGAAUGAACAGCUGCAACUGUCUUCUGCCGUGUCCUCUCUCGAGGUGUUCCGAAUGAAUGUGACGAAUAACAUAUUAGGUAAGUCUAAGAAGGUAGCUUUCUCCGCCUCAGUAUCAUCCAGCAGCACAUCAUGGAUCAGUGGAACGCUUGUUUUUCCUUCUGUUAUCACCAAUGAAGGGAAUGGAUACAACCCAAGUAACGGAAUAUUUACAGCUCCUAUCGCCGGGAUGUACGUCUUCUUCCUGAAUGUUCAAAGCUAUUAUAGAGAAACCAUAUAUGUUGACAUUGUGUUGAAUGGAUCAACUAGAGUCAGAACUAUGGCCGUUAGUAACAAAAGUGAUGAUUAUUACGAAGCAGGUCCCAAUCUGGUGGUACUGACUAUUCAGAAGGGAGACGCAGUGUGGAUCAAACAUUACUCUGGUUCAGGCUAUUACCACGAUGGUCCCAUCACUACUUUCUCUGGUUUUCUUAUACACAUGUAAUUAGAUAUGAAAUAUUCGAUGUGCAUGCUAUAGGCAUUGAUUAUGCAUGUUCUUUUACAAAUUAAUAACAUAUGUUGCAGUUUGAUUGAACAUGGUUCACUGUAAUUAAGAAUACUGAAAAAUGGUAUAUUUUCUUGAAGCCAAACUUUCGUGGUUUAAUGGAAAAUAUGGGUG